GAAUCGCUGGUGUUUGAGGAUGUUUUCGAUAAUUGGCUGCCAUCUGUGGCGUAUGGAUGUAAUUGAAUAUUGAUAGAGAGUACAGUUCCGGUUGUUUUGGUAGAACUGUUUUGUUUUUUUUGUUUUUUAUUUUUUUUGGAUUGGAUAUAUGUGCAGCACGUAGAAAUGCGGAUGGUCGAGAUGGUUUAAUGUGGGCGGGAUUGCGAGAGUUACGUCCGGUGGUGGGGCGGUAGUGUCUCGCUCAAUCGGAGGCGCUCGGACGUGCGCCGAUCCGCACCGUAUAUAUGGGCGCGCGGCUCGCUUUUCACAAACAUUUUCCAAGAGGCAAGGAGAGAAGACACGCGAGAGAUGCAGCGGCCGCCUGUUCUACAUCACAAAAGUGCAUAAUUCGAAGCGGUGUGCCGAAUCAAAGGGGCAACUUUGGAUUAUUAUGGAGCUCGCCAAAAGUCCCACAUCGAAACUGUUCGUGACGUCUGCGGUCGAAAUCAGAGACGAGUUUGAAGAGAAAUUGGAAAGGAAUUAUCAGUACCUGCAGAACUUGACGUCGGGAUUGAGCGACAAGGAGUCACACGACGUGCUGAACAAUGCGCUGCUCAAGGAUAAGGGGUACGAUGACGUGUCCAUCGGAUUGCUGGGUACGAUAUUGGCGGAGCCUCAGAACGCGGCGAAAUGCUAUACACAUUUGACAUUGAUCACGAGGGAUGGGAUGGGACUCGUCCUCGCCCAUCUCUCUCAACUAGUGCUGGAGCGAUUCUUGCGUUUGAUCGAGGCAGCCAAGAUCCAGGUGCUGUGGCUGGUCAAGGAGAUGAUAAAGAAUGCCGUCAGCAACGUGGACAACGUGUGCCUGAAUCUUAUGAGACACGCGGCCGGCGGCGACGUCCUCCCCAAAAACAUAAGUCUCAUAGAGGCACUUCUGGACAUGUUCAUAGAGUAUCGCGGCUGGCUGGAGAAGCAUCCCGUUCUGCUUCCAUCCGUGAUCUACACGUAUUUAAGGAUAAUCGAGGACCACAAUGCGCCCUACCUGACUGCCCUCAGACAGAAGGAAGUGACUUUCGUUAUCGGUUUGUUGAGAGAGCGGUUCGCGGAGUGUAUGGUGAUCGGACGGGAUUUGGUGAGGUUGUUGCAAAACGUGGCGCGAAUACCCGAGUUCGAGCAGUUGUGGCGAGACAUUUUAGCGAAUCCGAAGAGCCUCAGUCCGACGUUCACCGGUGUUCUGCAAUUGCUACAAACUAGGACUUCGCGACGCUACCUGCAAUCCCGCCUGACGCCGGACAUGGAGCGGAAAUUGGUUUUCCUCACUUCGCAGGUGCGCUUCGGGAAUCACAAGCGAUACCAGGACUGGUUCCAAAGGCAGUACCUCGCUACCCCGGAAUCCCAGAGCUUGAGGUGCGACAUGAUCAGGUUCAUCGUGGGAGUCAUUCAUCCGACGAAUGAGCUACUGUGCUCGGAGAUCAUACCGAGGUGGGCAGUGAUCGGGUGGCUUCUGACUACGUGCACCUCGACAGUGGCAGUGUCGAACGCUAAACUGGCGCUAUUCUACGACUGGCUGUUCUUCGACAGUGACAGAGACAAUAUCAUGAACAUCGAGCCGGCCAUUCUUGUUAUGCAUCAUUCGAUGAGAUCGCAUCCACCCGUCUCUGCGACUCUCCUCGACUUCCUCUGUCGAAUCAUAUCGAACUUUUAUCCCCCUCUUGCAGACAAAGUGCGCACGGGCAUCUUCUCAUCGCUAAAGCAGAUUCUGGACAAGCGCGUUCUGCCAUCGCUGCUACACCUCUUUGACAACACGAAACUCGACAGGGAUUUGAGAAAUAUGAUUCGGACUACUUUCAAAGAGUUUUGCGUGCAACCGAUGGAGUCAUCGUCGAAGGCGACGGCGGAGGAUUUCGGAGCACCCAAAAUUGACGGCGAGAAUGAAUUCAACAAUCACAUUCUGGAUAGUGAACCUGCGUUUAGCGAUGACGAGGAAGAGUCUGCAGCUGUUCCAUCGCAGCAUCUGCACGAGGACGAUACAGAUGACGAUGAUAUUCCCUUGGUCAAGCUGAAAGAGAAAAGCGACAAGGGUAACGAUCAGAUAAUCGAUGGACCUAUGAGGUCGGCACUUAACCGGUUGCAAAGUGAAAAGGAAAAGGAGAAGCGGUGCCAACUGAUGGAGGCGUUAAUCGAGCACGUGGUGUUGCUGAAUGAGGACAGUGAAGUGAUUCCUGUGCUUGCGAAGGCUCUGUGUGCGAACGUGCUGCAGGAGGACUUGAAGAGUAUUGUGUUCCCGAAUAAUGUGAACGAACAAACGUUGCAGGACAGCAUCCGGUCGCCGGUGUUCGUAAUUUUCAAAUUCCUCUAUCUUAGGUGUACUAGUGACGAUACGGGUAAACAGACUCUGCUCAGACUAUUAGCGGAGAUACACAACAUACAGUGCAACGUGGGGUACCUGCUGUUGUACUUUCUGAAGAUCCAAGUGAGGUCUGACCAGAAACGUGACGAGUCGACGAAAGUGAACACGCUGAAGAUCAGCGUAUACAAGGAGUUCUGUCAGAACGUCGAGAAAAAGGUGGACAAUUGUUUAUAUGACGAUCUGAAUGCGUGCCACGCCACGGAGAACAAUCUGAUGUUGUUUUUAGUUCCAGACCUGUAUAAAGAUUUCAAACAGCAGACAGUGAACAACGCUCAAAUACUACGGGUGAUAUUGUCGACGAUAGACGCGACGCAGCUGCAAGACUUGGUCGGGAAGAUCAUGCAAGGACGUCUGAUGAUGUUCAAAACGGACAGUCUGCAGUCUCUGCUAAAGACGAGCCUCAACUGGGAGAGCAUAGAACAGUUCUUCCUGUGGCAGCUGGUCCAGGCCCACGACAUAUCCGUGGAGUCGAUCAUACCGUUGAUCUCGCAUCUGGACUACGCUCAGCACGCGGAGGCCUUGACCGCCAUCACGCUGAUGCUGAAGCAAGAGAAACCGACGGCGGACUUCGUCAAGUACCUGUUCUCGCGCGACGUGCGGGACAAGGGCGACCCCCUAGUGUUCACGAUGAUAAGACAUUGGUGUGAUAGUUACAUUGACAAAGUGGGUGAGCUCGUGGCGAGUCUGUUGAGCACCAGGUAUCCGGCGACGUCGCCCAACAAGCGGAAACGGUCGAACGUGAAGAGCAUCAGCUCGGCGGUGCCGAGCGCCGACCAAGUGCUGGGACAUUUGGACCAACUGAGAGUCCGUUGCGAACGGCACAACGCCCUCGCUCUGUACAACCUCGACUCCAUGCAGAAGGCGCUCGUCCUCGCCCAAAACAACAGCAACGACAGCCAGAAGAAACAAUUCAGCGACCUGUUCGCCCUCACCGAGGACGAAGACACCAUCACCACAAAGAAUAAGGUCUCCAGGGGACGAAAGCCCGCAUCAAAAUCGGCCGCGGCCAACAAAAGAAACGCCAAGGAGGUCUCGGAGUCCUCCGAGGACACCAGUGAGGAGGAGGAAAUCGUGAAGCCAAAACAAGCGAAGAAAAGGAAAAAGGUUAUGUCGGAUAGUGAUUGACGGAACCAAAUAUUUUUAAAAUUCGUG